AUGACGGAAAUCCUGCUGCAGGGCCAAAGCAAGGGCAUCCUCUACGAGGGUUACGACAAAGCUUUCAUCCAGUGCAUCUUCGAGGAGGGCGGUAUCCAGGGUCGCAACGAGCGCUACGAGUUCAGAUGUAACGCCGACCUGCAGUGCUGCGGACGUGUCUGUUGCGUACCGGAGGAAGCCACGAUUCCGCUAUGGCUCAUGGUCAUCUUCAUCAUCCUGGCGGCACUUCUGCUGCUCGCCCUGCUGCUCACCCUUGCCUACUUGCUGGCCAAGUACUUGAAGUCACGCCCGAAGAAGCCGAAAUUCGAGCCCUCACCGAUGAGCGAGGAGAACCUGAAGGCGCCGCAGGCCAUCAAGAUUAUCCAGCGCUCCGAGCACGAGAUCUCGCGCGCCGGCGACUCUGACGUGAAGGAGCUGGAGCCCUUGGUCCCCCAGCGAGCCCAGAAGGCAUUCUACAGACCUUUCGUUGCCGAUAACAUGGAAGAAAUCGACAUGCCACCUCCGCUCCGAGCUUCCGUCUCGCAUCACUCCAUUGCCGAGAUCAGUCAAUCCCGAAUCCCGGCCGUCGCCGCCGUCGAGCAGCCGAAGGGCAAAAAUGCCGAACGUCUCUUCAAGCGCCCCGGAUUCGACAAUGUUCCGUCUUACAAU